AUGUCGCGAUAUACAGCUUGUAUUGUAAAUAAGCCUAAUCCCCCAAAUCUCGGCGACUUUAAAUGGCAAGUUACUAUCAGUUUGCACGAAUUAAAGAUAAGAAGAGGCUUAUUUCAAAAUUUGAAAUCCAAAAAGGGGUUUUCUAUAAGAAACCUAGCCACGAAUCUCCUACCACCUCCUCAAUCACUCUUCAUCCUUUGGUAUUCAACUAGCAAAGCGUCUUCCAGCCACAGACAUCCUCUGGUUAAUCGGUGGAUUCUUCUUCUUGUAGGUCUGACGACUUCAUCUUCUUUAGGAUAUAGCCUUUAGUGGUGGCAAACCAAGAAAAUGAAGAAACAAUAAUAAUGCCCAGAUAAGUUUUUUUUUUUUGAAAGUAUAAUGUUAUAAUAGGUAGAAUUUUUGAAGUCUAAUGCCUUAGUAGAAAGAAAAACGUAAGGAACGGUGUAGUAAUAAAAAGAAAUAUUAGUUAUGCUAUAAUACACAAAUAAAUGAAAAGACUCUAUGAUUUCUUACAUUUAUCCAUGAACUCAAAUUUGCUUUUAUAUUAAAAUUUACAGCAUCUGGUGCACUAUUGUAUAGUUAUGGUCAUGGAUUAGGACAGUUGGAAAUUCAUAUAUUUUUUCAUAACAAAGGCUGCUUUAAGAGGUUGUAUUUGAGAAAAAAAAAUGUUCAGAUGGGAUUUUUAUGUUAGGUAAUAUGCAAGGUGAAGAGAUUUGUAAUGCUUAGUUUUGAAUUAGUUUUCUUUUUCUUUUGAAAUGUGACUACUCUUUAAUGUAUAGGUAGGGGCAAUUUUCUAAAUAAAGAAAAUGCUAAAGGGGUUGGCAACUUAGUUUCAUCAUAUAACAAUAUUCUUUCUCAAUAUGGUAACUUAGUUUCAUCAAAAAAAAUAUCACAAUCCCCAUAAUAACCAAAUACUCUUGCAAUUCCAUUUUUUACUUGAGCCGAGCAUUUAGCAAAUUGAUAGUUUUUGAUAGUUAUUUCAAUGUACUUUUGGUUUAAGUUUCAAUCACACUUUGGUUUCAUAAUCUCAGCAGGUUAUAUUGAAGCUAGAGGAAGGUUGAUCUUGAUACUAAUAUAGUGAGCUAUGUUGGAAAUGACAUCUUUACCCCUGGUGUUGUUGGGAAACCUUCUUUUCUUAGAAGUUAACAAAUUUACCCCUAAGUUGGACCUUCUCAGUUCCUAUCUUUGGUGUUGGUUCUGUUAAAUGCUCAUAUCAACUCAGAAUUGUUGCUUCUUUACUUGGCCUUAAUCUAUAAUGAUAUUCAUGGUGUGCCACAACAUAUCAUUGCUAUUAAUUGCUUGGUGGGUGUAGUUUUUUUUUUCUCCACGGUUUCAAGGUCUCAUACAAAUCAAUAAAUGGAUUUAGUUUGAUCAAUUUAUAUGUUUUCAUUGAUUGAUUUGGGUGAUACACAUAUCUGUUGGGUGUGCUUAAUGUGGGAGAUCUUCUCAAGUUUGGGGUCAUCAUUCGAAAUAUAAGUGGUUAUAUUUGUAAAUUGCAUGCUGGCUUUGUAGUCAAUUGUCCAAUUUUUUUAUAGGAACGUUGU